CCGGCCUGGCGUUGCUGCUGCUGCCGCCGCCAUGGAGGAGGUGCUGUCGCUGCUGGUGCGGAGCCCCGCGCAGCGGCACCCCGACCUGCGCCUUCGCGCCGCGUCCGCAUGGACCGUGCGCCGCCUCAAGGCCGAGCUGCGCCGUCUCCUGCCCGAGGCGCCGCCUGAAGAGGACCAAAAGCUGAUUUAUGCUGGGAAGCUACUGCUUGAUCAUCAUCACCUGGGAGAGUUGUUGCCAAAGCAGGGGGAAUUGCACGCUCUUCAUUUGGUGUACAACUUCAAGAGUCCUGCAGAUGUGCCAGAAACCAGUUCAGAGGUUAAAGCUGGUCAGCUAGAGCCAUCGUCAGAAGCUAGUCAAGAACCAUCUGUUUCUUCUUCAAAUGGUGAAAGACCAAGAUGCUCUUCUGGUGGCCAGUCUUCAGCAGACGCCAGUAACAGGCUUGAAACACCUCGGCCUCCCUUCCAACGUGUGGCUCCUGGCUUCUCUGCUUAUACAACCUACAGCAUGCUUCAGAUGUCCUGGCUUCAACAGAUUUAUGCAAGACAAUAUUACAUGCAAUACUUGGCUUCUGCUGCUGCCUCUGCUGAUCCAUCCCGUGCACAGCAUUCUCAGGAGAUACCAGUGGCACCCCAAGCUCCUCUCCCAGAUCCAUUUCCUGCACAAAACCAGCCUGGAAACCAGAAUGCUGCUGCCCAGGUUAAUGCAGUGGCCAACCAGAACUUGCGGAUGAAUGCCCAAGGGGGUCCCCUCAUGGGGGAAGAGGAGGAGGAUGGCAAUCGAGAUUGGUUGGACUGGCUUUACUCAGCAACACUGUUCUAUGUUUUUGUCAACAUUAUCUAUUUCUACUCCAGCGUUAGCAGAUUCCUCCUGGUUAUGGGUGGCACUGUGCUGAUGUAUCUGCACCAUGUUGGAUGGCUCCCAUUUAGACGAAGACCAGUUCAGCCCAUUCCAGGCAAUGUUCCUCCUCAAGCUGCAAUAAACCAGGACCAGAACAAUAACUUGCAGGGAGAAAAUGCAGGCAGAGCAGAUGAACCUGAGGCACCUCCCGAUGAUGGACGAGAUUUACAAGAACUGCAGAUGGCCAACCCUUCACUUAUGAACACAGCAUGGGUUUUUUUCAAGACUUUUUUUGCGUCCCUCCUUCCAGAAGGGCCUGGUGUGACCCGCAACUGACUUGUCACCUGUCUCCUAGUCUGGAACUGCAAUGGGCUUUACUCUGAGUGAACUGGAUACCAACUCCAAACCAAGAGUGACAGAGGCACUUUCUCUGGUGUUCACUGACUGAGCAAAUGAAGUGGCAAGAAGCCUUAAGUCAUUACAGCCUAGAGACCAGGAUGCUUGAACUCAUUCCAAAGAACUUUGUUCUGUAGUGUUGAUUUGGUACCUAUGUAGAUGCUUGGCAUUAUAACUUGUGUACUAGAUACACAAGCUCUAAGCAGGUGUGCAAAAAAUGUUAGAGAAGCACAUGGCUUCUUCUGUGCAAUGUGAUUCCUGUGGGAAUGUUUUAAAUGCUAUUUCAAUUACACUGAGUGUAGAAUAUAAAAAUUGCUAGAUAUGCAUUAGCAGACUUUUUAGGAAAGGUCUAUUGUUAAAUUGCUUCAACAAUAGUUUAAAUUUUCUGUGUAAAUAUUUUCCUGUGAAGGUUGUAUGGUGCAAUUUUCUUCUAGGACAAAGUGGAGGACAAAGACAGUGACCUCUUUGAUAAGCAAUUACCUUGGAAGGGUUGCAGGCUAAAUGUUAUAUUGCCAAAUUGAGAUAGCUUAAACUCAAGAUUUAAUUUCCUCCCCUGCCAAAUAAUGGGAGAAGUGUGUUCAGCUCUAGUAACAACAGCUAUUCAUGAAGCUUGUAAUGCUUUUCCUCAGUGCUACCUGCAGUUGGCCAGUCUGUCUGUUUAGGAAUGUUUUAUCAGCUGGUACAGGCAAUUGUGACAGCCUAACCGGUAACACCUGACCUUGCACUUAAAGUCAGACUGUUAGGUAUGAUUUGCUGGUGUUACCUGUGGUAGCAAGCGUAAUCAUAAUGAUGUUUUGGCUUUGAACAAUGAUUUCCUUUCAAUGUUUCUUACCAAAUAAUGUUUCUGCCACAUCUUCAAUUUGCUGGAGACUUGGCGAGGAUGGGUAGGACAAAGUGGUAAAAUUCAGCAAUAAAGUAAUUCUGUAAAUAUUUAGAAUGAAGUGGUUUGAGAGAAGGUGGGUUUUGUUACUUGGAAUAUACUCAUAAGCCUUUGAGACUGUUCUUGGAGGUGGCAUCCACUCAUCUUGUUAGUGGCAAGUUUACCUUAUCCUCUGCUCUGCCUUUGGAUGAUGGAAUUUUUCUGGGGUAUCUCACUGUUGCUCAUAUGUCAGCAGUGUGCCUCAGUGGAGAUGUGUCUGGGCCCAGUCUUGGGAGGAGAGGGUAUUUCUUGGCAGCUGGAAGUGAACUGUUUUGGUACUGGCUUAAGCAGCAAGGACAGAGAGCAUGAUUACUUGUGUAACAUCUGAUCUGAGAAGUUACUAGAGACAAAAACAUCUGUUUUGUUGUCUUGAGGUUUUUGCUACUCCUGCAAGCAAGCAGAUUGGUUUAAAAUUAGCUGGGAAACUAAGCAUAGCUAAUCUCACUGGAGGGACGUAGUGAGGCUUAGUGAAAUGUGUACCUCUUGUUGCCAUUGGGGUGGAGGGGAGCUGUGGUGACAGUAGGGGACUCUGGGCAAGUCUUAUUGACUAAUUGCUGUGUAAUUCCACAGAGAUGAUGGCUGGUGCUGUGCCCAGGCAGGAGGACGGGGAGGGAGGAGAGCACCAGUGCCUGAGCCAGCCCAGUGUUUGUGGUGUGGCCCUGACUCCUGUUGCUGAUCCUGACCAGAGGAGGGCUCAGCUUUGCCUGAGACUGCCUGGGAGUGAACAGGGAUGGUUGAGGUGUGGAAGCAGUGGAAGGAACUGAGGCAGCUCUGCCUAGAAGAACAACAAUGCAAACAGUGAGCUGAGUAAAUUGUGAUGAUGAGGAAAGUGAUACAGCCUGUGUGCUAGCAGUGAGUGAGAUAGCAUGGGCCUUGAAUUAGUUGAGGGAAUUAAGGUUAGGCAUUAGUUAACAAUGAACCUUGAAGCUUCCAAAGCAAGGCUACAGAAGAAGUGUAGGCAUUCCAGUGAUUUUUCUGGGAAUAAUGUGACCCUGUGCUGGGACAGAAGUGCUGGAGUAGCAAAGAACAGAAAGGACUUCAAGGCUAUGGGUUUAGGAAGCUGGGUUUGUCUUGGCUCAUGCAUCAAGCCAAGUGAUUCUGCUGUUAGUUGAAAUCUCUUCAUGCCUGCAAGCAGAGCUUGCAAAGGUACUGGUGUAGCCCAGCUGCACCGAGCAUCUGGUGCAGGGUGUCCCAGGGGGCUGGUGGUGGUGGGCCAUAGGGCAGCACAAGGAGCAACAGAGUGAAAACAGCUGCUCUGUGGCUUUGGCUCCUGAAAUCCUCUGGCAGCUGGCCCCAUGUGAGAGCAGGUCUCUGUCCUGCUGGAAAACAAGUUGAGGGAGAAUUGUAUUUGUAUUAUCUCUGGCAUUUUUCUCACUGCCUCUAAUGGGCUGCUUGUUUGAGGAGUCACUGAGGUCCUGUUCGUCACCAAACAAUGCUCUUGUCCUUGGCCCAUAGAACAUGAGAAUGAGGUUGUUACUGAGCAGAUCAGCUGUGUGUGGGCUGCCUUCCCCUUUCCUUCAAAGAGCUCCUUCAUGGGUGCAUGUGCCUGUUGUCCCUAUUCUCAGCAGCCAGGGACAUCCCAAUGGUUGUGCACCUGCCCAGCAAAAGUGCAUUGCAAUCCAUUUCUAGCUGUUUGAGGCCGGUGGGAUUUGCAGAGCUGUGCAUCCUAGGGGCCUCUCCCCAUAGAUCUCUCCUGCCAACCAGAGGCCAUCUCAGGGCAAUUGCCCUAUCUGUUGCCAAACUUGCCAACUGCACAUUCAUUGCAUCUUCCCAGCCCCUCUGCUUCAUAAGACCAGCUCUUGAAAUGUCUCCUAGUGUUUAAUAUUGUCUGAAUAUCAAAUGGAAUGGGGUAAUGGUAAAACCAGGCUUGAUGUACAGUUGAAGUCACAAACCUGGGGAGGGGGGGCUUGAGGUCAGCCAAUGCUCAUCUGCUUGCCAAGGAGAGCUGGGUGAAUGCUGGUAGGAGAUGCUCUAGGUUUGUCUCUUGUGUCUGCUCAUUGGCCUGUGCUGCAGAGGAACCACCUGGAAUUGCUUAUAUUAGCACUGAAAGUUGUAUUGGCUGCUUUUUUUAGUCUGGGUUUGCAGUGCAGAGUCAGUGCUGCAGAAAUACAGCUGGGUCCAGGUUUCAACCCAGCUGCCUAUGGCAGCCUAAGCUGUGAAAAGCCUGGGCUCAUCUAGGUCUGCUUGUGUGUUCCAGCUUAUUUUGUGGUAUUUGGGGGUUAUGAGUGAUACAAUAAAAAUCAGGUUGGUUUCAAGAGAAUUUCCUGGAA